AUGCCGAUUACUCUCAACCCCUCGAAUAGCGACACCCGCGUCUUCAAAGUCGCGGCCGUGCAGGCUGAGCCGGUCUGGUUAGAUCUGAAGGGAAGCGUCGAUAAAACGAUUGCGAUCAUUCAAGAAGCUUCCGCGGCAGGGGCCAAGAUCAUCGGUUUUCCUGAAGUCUUCAUACCAGGCUACCCAUGGACUAUAUGGGCGAACGAUUUUACGACGUGCCAGCCUAUUCUGAAGGAGUAUCAGGCAAAUGCUUUAGCUGUGCAUUCACCAGAGAUGGAGAGUAUUUGCCUGGCUGCCAAGAAUGCCUCUGCUACAGUUGUCCUCGGGUUCGCAGAACGCGAUGGCGGCUCUCUGUAUAUCUCGCAAGUCACGAUCACUGCUGACGGCAAAAUCGCGAAUCAUCGACAGAAGAUUAAGGCUACAGGAUAUGAGAAGGUUGUAUUUGGCGAUGGCAAGGCGCAAACUAUCCACAACGUUAUUCAAACUGACUUGGGGCGCGUCGGUAGUCUGUCGUGCUGGGAACAUAUACAGCCGUUCCUAAAAUGCCACUUCUACGCCCAACACCCCCAGAUCUUUGUGGGUAGCUGGCCCCCAGCAUUCCCGCACCAAGGACAAGGUCCAUACAGUAUCAGCAGCGACGCAUGCCGAAGCAUGGCGCAGGUCGUCGCGAUCGAAGGCGGGUGCUACGGCAUCAUUUCCACCCAAGUGAUGAGCCAAGCAGGCGCAGAGAAGAUGAAGGUCGCUGAUUUUCCGUGGUUGUCUGUGCCUGGUGGCGGCUUCGCUUGCAUAUACGGCCCAGAUGGCAGAACCCUUACCAAACCGCUGGACUCUUCAGCUGAAGGGAUCCUCUACGCCGACAUAUCGCUCGACAAAAUUGGAGAAACCAAAAUGAUAGCCGACAUGACCGGGAACUACUCACGCCCCGAUCUAUUUCGCAUCGUGGUCAAUGGAAGGAACAAGGAUAUGGUCGAGUAUGAGGAUGAUGAAGAGUUGGAGGCUGCUGCAGCCCAUAAUAGAGAAAUCGAUAAUGCGGGAGGUAGCAAGACGUUUUGA